AUGGGAUUUAGCAUCGCUUCGGUUUUAGCACUCAUUGCAUUUUCCUUACUCGUUCUACGCCUCUUGCGAGUAGGCAGGAGGCCAAAGGGGUAUCCUCCUGGUCCGCCAACCUUGCCGGUUCUGGGCAACAUCCACCAGAUGCCAACUCAUGACGCCCAUAAGCAGUUUCAGAAAUGGGCCGAGGAGUAUGGACCCGUCUACAGCUUGAUCCUGGGCACGAAAACCUUGAUAGUCCUUUCAAGCGAUCAGGCUGUCAAAGACCUGCUAGACAAGCGGAGUAACAUCUACAGCGAUCGACAAGACAUGUACAUCGGCAUGACUCUUUGCAGCGGAGGGUUGCGUGUGCUGAUGAUGCGAUAUGGGCCUGUCUGGCGGUCGUGCAGAAAGAUGAUCCAUGCCUUGCUAAACGUCUCUGCCGCUCGAUCUUACGUACCUUACCAGGUUAUGGAAAACAAACAGAUGCUCUAUGAGCUCUUGAAGAAGCCAGACCAGUACUUGAAUAGCAUUCGGCGGUACUCCAACUCGCUAACCACAAGUAUGGUGUUUGGCUGGCGCUCGCCCGAAUACGAGAACGAAGACGUGAAGCAGCUCUUCGAGGGCUUCGAGAAGUUCUCGAUUAUCAACCAGACCGGCACCGCCGCGCUCAUCGACUUUUUCCCCAUUCUACGACGGCUGCCUGAUUGGGUGCUUCCAACUCAGAAGAAGGCCAAGGAGCUUCACGAGCACGAGAAACGUCUCUACCUGAAGCACUGGCUCAAUUGCAAGCAAGCCAUCAUGAGUGGUACUGCCAAGCCCUGCUUCUGCGUCAACCUUGCCAAGAUCCAAGAAGCCGAGGGUCUCAGCGACGACCAAGCCGCGUAUAUAUCUGGGACGCUACUUGAAGCCGGGUCGGACACUACCUCGAGCACUUUGACGGGCUUCCUGCUCGCCAUGGUCGUCUUCCCGGAUGUCCAAAAGCGGGCCCAGGAUGAGAUCGACCGUGUAGUCGGACCCAACCGCUUACCGGACAUGGACGACGAGCCGAACCUGCAGUACAUCCGUGGCUGUGUCAAGGAGUGUCUCCGCUGGAUGCCAACGACCAUACUAGGAGCCGUACCUCAUGCGGUGACAAAGGAUGACGAAUACAUGGGUUACCACAUCCCAGCCGGUGCCGGGGUCCUCAACAAUGUCUGGAGCAUCAACAUGGACGCGAAACGAUAUCCCUAUCCUCGCCGCUUCGAUCCGGAGCGCUAUGCCGAUGACUUUCUAAACGCAUCCGAUGCCGCAAGUAACCCUGAUGCGUCGAAACGUGAUCAUUUUACUUUCGGAGCCGGGCGCCGUAUAUGUCCGGGUAUCCAUGUUGCGGAGCGGAGCUUGUUUCUCGGCGUCUCACGCAUGCUGUGGGCGUUUAAUUUUGAGCCGGCUGUUGAUAUGGCAGGAAAGCCAAUUAUCCCAGACAUCGAGAAGCUGACGCAGGGGUUCGUUUGUAUGCCCGAACCGUUUCAGGCCAGAAUUGUGCCAAGGAGCAAGGAGAGGGCGGAUAUGGUUACCAAGGAGUGGGAAGAGGCGAAGCAGCAACUGGACCCGGUGAGCAUGCAAUGGAAGAGCGUGCCGGAGGGAAUGGCGCUGCCGAGCGUGGAUAAGAACUUGCAGGACUAG